UAUUUAGAUGAAACUACUAAUGCAACUGGGUCCGCUUCUUCAAAAGAUUGGAUACGAGGAGAAAUCUAAUGAUGACACGUUUAUUAAAUGUUUAAGACAAGAAGCUCUAAGAUGGGCUUGUAUUCUCGAUGAUAGCGAAUGCAAAAAAUAUGCUGAAUAUAAGUUGCAAUGGCAUUUGUUAAAUCCGAUAAAAAAUAAACUGUUACCAUGGUGGAGGGAAUGGACGUUCUGUAAUGGUUUAUGUGUAUCUAGCAUUUCUCUUGACAAAUUAUUUAAAGAUUUGGAUGAAGUUUCGAAAAUUAAAUAUCCAGAAAUGAUGAAAUCUCUAGCUUGCUGUAAUCAUACUUACAGUCUCCUGUCUCUCUUCGAUAAGCUAAAGAAGUUAAGAAAUGAUUACAUCUUUUGUUAUACAAAAGAUAAUCCACGGAUGAUCUCUUUUAUUAAAAACUAUAUUUAUUGGUUUUAUUACGUUAUUCAGAGACAUGUGAAUGAUGAUUCAAUUAAUUACAUUUUAUUAAACAAUUUGGAAGAAAUCAAGCCCAAGUAA